GAUUUCGCGAUUUAAUGCACUACACACGCAAGUUCAAUGAAUUCAUUUACCAUUUCAAUUCAGUAGUUUGAAAUAUCUCGAAUUGUGGUCGCUCAGUUACUUUGUAAGGAAUGGCCGUCUUUAAGUUGAAUAUUUGCAAGUUUAACAAUUGUGAUUUGAUAUUUAAUAAUCUAGAAAACCUGAUACGACACAUUGAAACGAAUCAUAUAAAUUAUGAUCCUAAGAUAAUAGAGCAAUUCGAAACACAGCAGCCCACAUGUCUUCCUUUGAGCUACGUUUUGAAAUUUUUCGCUGAUCAGAACACAGAGGAGAAUAGCGAAUCUAAACUCAAGCAAACUCUACUUUCUCCGAAAUCCACUGGAAAUUCGAACAUUCAUGCCUCGGAAAACACCGAAAUCCAAGCUGAAGAUGCGAAUAACAACGAUACCUCGAAAUCCGACUCGUGGGUAGCUGUAAAAACAGCCAACAAUGGUAGAGUCAUAAAAAACGUCUGCAAGGUUAAAAAAACCUUUAAAUGUCACUGCGGUAAAACCUACGGUACUAGUCAAAGCCUUCGAAAGCAUGCAAUCCAAUGCCACAACGCUGCAGUGAUUACAGCCCAAGUGAAAGAGAUCCUCCAACAAGGCUCCGAAUCCGGUACGGUGAAUGGACUAGUCCAACCGUACCAGUCGAUCCAGCUGAAGCAGAUAUCCAAUGCUGGAACACCUUUGAAGACUUUAGUCGUAUCUACGAAACCGACCACGACAGUACAAACUUCUCAGUCUGCGAGUAUCCAGUCGCCUCAACGACUGAUGAUCCAAUUAUCGGAUAUUAGCUCAAUUACGUCUUCUUCUUGAGGCGUUAAACCACACACAGAACAAAUGACAGUUACUAUUUGACGUAUUAAGUAUUUAUUAUUUAUUCGAUUCUUUUCUUUUCUUCUUCUUCGUUUUUUUCCUCCCUUAGUAAAUUUAUUUAUUAUGCAACUUAUACGUAGUAGUUUUGACGAAAAAAAGAUUCCAAUAACGCGCGGUAUUAAUUAAUUGUGAUUAUUGUAUAAAAUGCAAAAGUGAUCGUAACGUGGAUGGAAUAAUAUUACUCGAUGUAUAAGUAUAUAUUCAUUGUCUGUGAUAGCGUUAUAAAAAAAAAAUUGUUAUGUUAAAUUUCGUAUUUUUCGGCAAGUUUUACCAACAUAUCAAAAGAGAGUGGUGAAAAAAAAAAUGACGGAAAACGUUUCUCGUACCUCGAUAUUUAUUCUAAUUUCUCUCACUGCCUUCUUCUUCAUUAACUGUUCCUCGACUUUGAAAAUUUUUAAAUCUCGUGUCAUUCCAAAUGUUUUUUUAAUUUUUAAGACAAAAAUGAGACUAAUUUUUUUUUAGAGAUAUUCGGCGUGUGUUAGUAGAUCUGUUAAAAAUGUAACCAUCCACAACACUUAUUUUUAAAUUUAAAUUUUUCCUAAUUAAAGAGUAAUCUUUAGGAUUUAAAAUUCAUGCGAGCAACCAAAAAGUUAUCGAAAAUUUUAUUCUAGUUUAAGUGUUUAUGUAGUUAAUCGACUUGUUUUUCUCAUUUUUUCGAGUUAUAUUUUAUCCAAAUCGACUUGUUUAUUAUUUUAUUUAUUUAUUUACUUUUUUUCUUUUUUUUUUUUUGGUGUCGGAGUUAGGUAAUUGUUAUUUCAGCUUGUUUGAUAAUAAUUUUGACAUAGUUCUUUUCUGAUUAUAUUCUAGUCUUGGCGUUCUGCUUGAGUUCGGUGUAUAAAAAAUUUAUCACUUUAGAGAAAAACAACGCGUGCUUGUGUAAUUUUUUUUGUUCUGAAAAAAAAUGUUAUUUAUGUAUUAAGUUUUCCUCCUCUUCUCGUGUCGAACACGUAUUUUGUUAUUCGUAAUACUUUUUUUUUCAAAUAUGUACCUCUACCUACCUGAAUUAAUAUACUAAUGUUUUGCGAAAUGA